CAAAGGUUUGGACGGGAAGCGAAGCGGUUUGUUGGCUCUGUUGUCGGGAAACGUCGACCUGCUGCUGAUCAGGAUGAAGCUGGACGUGAAAAUCGAGACGCUGAAGUUCUGCUUCGCACUUUUAAACUCCGUCUUCCUGGUUCUGGGUCUGAGCGUUAUGGGCUGUGGAAUCUGGAUCCUCUUCGACACCGGGAGCUUCCUGAAUGUCCUCUCUUCUGAGGAGCUGCAGGUGGUGGCAGUGGGUCUGUUUGUAAUCGGUGGAGUGGUGGCGCUGGUCAGCCUGACUGGGUGUACUGGAGCGGCCCUGCAGAAACGGUUCCUGCUGCUGGCGUACUUCUGCUUCCUCAUCGCUCUGGUCCUGGGUCAGCUGUACGUCAUCAUCCUGCUGCUGCUGAACAGAAACCAGAUCGAAGACGUUCUGACUCAAACUGUGAAUGCCAUCAUACUUAGGUAUGGAAACAGCAGCGGGAUCGACAGAAUCAUGGAUAACGUUCAGCAUUUUACUAAUUGCUGUGGCAUAAAUGAACCGGAGGACUGGCUCCAGAACUCCUUCAUUCAAUCUCUGAACCUGACAGGCCAGAACGUCCUGCCGUGUUCCUGUUUCCGCUCCUUUCAGCCGAGCAAAAAUUCGUCCUGGUGCUUGGAAACUAAUAGCACCAAUGUAACGAUGCCUGGAACAGGAUCUGGUUUUUUCAAAGAGAGCUGCAGACAGAAGAUCGACCAAUGGCUGCAGGAGAACGUCAUCACCAUGGUUGCCAUGACUGCAUUCCUCAUUUUAAUCCAGGUCAUUGACCUUUUCGUCGCUGGGUCUUUGUUCCGCAUGUUUGGAGAAAAAGACAAAAACAAGCAGCUCAUUGAUGAAGACGACACCAACUCCGCCUCCGAGGCCGACCCGGAUGGCGGAGAGCAGAACCGGGCCUUCAUGGACCCGGAUGAAGGCGCCGCAGAACCAGACUACAUGACAGCUGGAGACGCCAACAACAUGGCUGACCAGUACAACCAGAACCAGAACCAGGGGUACAUCCAUGCUGGAGAUGCAAACAACAUGACGUAUGACCAGUACCAGUACAACCAGGACCAGAACCAGAGCUUCCAGAACCAGAGAUUCCAGAACCAAGGCUUCCAGAACCAAGGCUUCCAGAACCAGGGCUUCCAGAACCAGAGGUUCCAGGUCCAGAACCAAGGCUUCCAGAACCAGAGCUUCCAGAACCAAGGCUUCCAGAACCAGGGCUUCCAGAACCAAGGCUUCCAGAACCAGAGGUUCCAGAACCAGAGCUUCCAGGUCCAGAACCAAGGCUUCCAGAACCAGAGCUUCCAGAACCAGAGCUUCCAGAACCAGAGCUUCCAGAACCAGAGCUUCCAGAACCAGAGCUUCCAGGAGCCACUUAACUUCAACCAGAACCAGGGUUACCAUGAUUACCAGGAGGCUAAUCAGCAUUAUUAAUCAGUGAUAUAUUAGCUGCUUUCUGGCUGCUUGAAGAGUUUUAAGAAAAAACUUUUUUCUCCUUUCGGUUAAUGAAGCUGAAUUAAUCAGAAACGUCCUUUUGGAAAACAAAACCACAGAAACUUUGUUGGUUUUAUCUCCGUUUUUAACCAUCAACCAAAUUUUCGCCUCGUCAUCGUCGGCCAUGUUUGUUCACUCUGAGCGAUUUGAAUGACGAGAUGAAAAUAUGUUUCAUAUUUGACCAUAUUGUAGAAAUAAAGUGUCACAUAUUGAUAUUUAUCUGUUUCCUACAUUCUUCACUUAUUGUUGAUCAUUAUUAAACAGUAACAUGAA